AUGGCGUCGGAGCAAUUCUCGCUAUGCUGGGACAACUUCCACAAAAACAUGAGCACCGGAAUGAAUUCGUUGCUAGAGAACGAAGACUUAGUGGACGUGACGCUCGCCGUGCAAGGCAAGCUCCUCAAAGCGCACAAAAUGGUGCUCUCCGUGUGCAGCCCCUAUUUUAAAGAACUUUUUAAAUCUAAUCCGUGUCAACACCCCAUUGUAUUUAUGAAAGACGUUAGUUACGAAGCUUUAAGUGAUCUUCUGCAGUUCAUGUACCAGGGGGAAGUUCAAGUUAGCCAAGAAAAUUUAUCUACUUUUAUAAAGACUGCAGAGGCCUUACAAAUUAAAGGCCUCACCGGUGACGGAAACGGGUCGGCGGAUAACGAAGUGACCGAAGUGGAGCCCGCGAAGCACGCCCCACACGUAGAAUCUCUAGAAUACAAAGCGGCCCCGCGACCAAAGAAACAGCUGCCCCCGUCCCAGCCGAUGACUUCGCCCUCGAUCAAACGACCGAGGCUGAGCACACCCGCCAUCGAAUCUACUUCAGUACCUCAACCGAUCGCCAAAGCGGAGCCCGCGAACGCGUCGCAAUCCGUUCCGCCCAAACCGGAGGCUGUGCACUUCAAAAUGGAACCUUACGAUUCGUCUACGAGUCUCAUCGAUGAGAGCGGCGACGAUAAUUUCGGUGAAGACGCUUUAGAUGAGACUGUGGGCGACGAAACGGAAGACUAUUCGAUGAUGGAAAGCGGAGCGGGAGAGGAACCACAAGCCGGUACAAGUACUGAUGGAGCUGGCGAAGGACAAGAUGACCUUAUACGCAUUUGUAAAGCAACACUAAGCCACGUGAAAGAAAUUUCUAAAAUUAUUAAAAUGGGCUGGGUCCUAGACGGGCAACUGAACGUGGAUAAAUCAUUUUCAACGAAUUUACCUAAUGUGUUUCCACUGAAAAGCAUCGAAGACCUCUUGAGGUUCGAAGAAUGCCUUAAAAACGAAGAAACCAAACUUUGCUUUAUAACCAAAAUGAAGAAAAUAGGCGGUAGAGAUUACAAAGACCACUUGAACAGAUGCCUUAAAUUCGUUUUUUCCAACGAACUCGGCGUUACAUGUUCGUACGAGGGCAGAAAGGGAAAUUACAAAUUGAAAGACACUCAAAUAGCGAACCUUCUCAUUGAAAAUUUAAUGGGUUGGCACAGCGCGACACUAGCGGAAUGCCAAACCGUAGUAACCGAGUGGUUCAGAUUGUCUAAGCAACGUCUAAUGAGAGAACAAAAAAGUACCUAUACAACAUAUCUAUAA